AUGCGCCAGUCUAAAAUCCAUUGCGUCAUCCCACACUUUUCCCUGCCAGCUUCAGCAAGAAAACGGGCUUUGCCAAUCUCAUCCUACACUCUACAAUCAACCUUCCAAGUCGAGCAUCGUCAUUCUCAAUACCGCCUUCUACAUCGUCAAUAUCACCCCCACACAGCAAACACAGAUCACCAAACCCGCCUCUUCCCCGCAACCUCAAGACCGCAACCACAACCCAGCUCUUCCCUUUCCACCAAGUCCCCUUUCUCAACAUCACCACGAACCAUGUCCUCCGACGACGCCUACAUGUCCUUCCUGGACAAAGCCAACGAAGAUGUGAGCGGCAGCGCCCCGCAGCAAGGGGCCGGCACCGUCAAGACCGAGACCGUGCACAGCUCCCUGUCAGUCCCGAAGCCACUACAGUCCGUCGACGCAUACUACAUCUCCGAUACAGACGAGCCCUUCGAGCCAGUGGCAUUGAAGUGGGAUGGUGCAGCCAAGGGAGCGUGGCCUAGUGCUGACCAGCUCUCCUCCCUGAUCUCCCCAGAUACCGACCUGUCCCAGUCCAUCUCCAUUCUAUCCCCCUCCUCCUUCGACCCGAAGAAUCAGUACUCCACCGCCCUGGAUGCUGUCCGUGUUGCGGCUGUCGAGAAAGAUUCUGGUGCCGAUCAGUUGGCUGUUGAGCUGAAGGUCUACCGUGUUGAACAAACGAGUACUAAGAUCGAGUACUGGGUUCUGGCACUACAUGCGCCUGAGAGCCGUCUUGUCGGUUUGCGCGCUAAGGCUGUUGAGUCGUAG